AUGACGCGGAGAUCGUGCGCGAUCUACGCGGCGGGGAUCGCCUGCGCCUCCCUGCUGGUCGUCGGGAUCGGUUUAGUCGUGGCUCAAGUGUUCCGCACGUUUAUGCACAACCGCCUCAAAAAGGAGAUUGUUUUGGUCGAGGGAAGCCGCGUGUUUGAGUCAUGGAAGAGCCCCCCCCCUCCGGUCUACAUGGAGUAUUUCUUCUUCAAUAUGACCAAUGUGGAUGCGUUCCUCGCGGGGGCCAAGCCUCAGGUCACGCAGGUCGGACCCUACACGUACAGGGAGUACAGGUAUAAGGACAAUGUGAGCAUGUUGGACAAUAACACGAUGGUGUCCGCAUACAACUUCAAGAAAUUUGUGUUUUUGAGAGAGAAGUCUGUGGGUGACCCGGCUGUGGAUAACAUCACUACGGUCAACAUCCCGGCCUGGGCUGUAAUGAACAAGGUGAAAGGGAGCUUCUUUAGGGCCUCCAUGGCGUCCAUGAUGAUGACAAGCGCCGGCUCGGGUUUCUUUGCCACUCACACGGUGGAUGAAUGGCUGUGGGGCUACGAAGAUCGCUUGCUGGCCCGCGUCGCUGCCAGUAGUCCGGACGUGGACAAGGUCUUUGGUCUGAUGUACAAGAAAAACGGAAGUCACUCCGGGGAAUUUGUGUACCACACUGGGAAGCAGAAUUCUAUGGAGUACGGCCGCGUCGAAACAUGGAAAGGCGAAAGCAAGCUGACCUUCUGGACGUCUAACCAAAGCAACAGCAUCAACGGAUCAGAUGGAAGUGCCUUCCAUCCCUUUCUGGACAAGAAUGAGCGCAUUUACAUAUUUACUCCCGACCUCUGCAGGUCGAUCCACAUGGAGUUCGAGAAAGAAGUGGAGGUGAAAGGAAUCCCGGCGUACCGCUUCACGCCGCCGCGCUCCGUGUUUGCCAGCAAAGAGGAGAACCCAGCCAACGAGGGCUUCUGCGUCAGCCCCAAAGAGUGCCUGGGCACCGGCCUGCUCAAAGUCAGUCCCUGUCGCAAAGGGGCCCCGGUGGUCGCGUCCUUCCCACAUUUCUACCUGGCCGACAAAAAAUACGUGGCCGCCAUCGGGGGGAUGUCCCCGAAAAGAGAGCAUCACCAAACUUACCUGGACCUGAACCCGACCACGGGGGUGAUUGUUCGUGCAAACAAGAGAGCUCAGAUAAACAUGUUGAUCGAAAGACUCUCUGGUUUCCCGAAAACUAAAGUCCUGAAUGAGACGAUCUUUCCCAUCAUGUUUAUCAACGAGAGCGUGGUGAUUGACGACGCCUCCGCGGCGAGGGUCCACAAGCUGCUGCUGAUCGUCACCGUGGUGUCCAACUUCCCGCUCUUCAUCGUGGGCCUGGGCGGCAUUAUGCUGCUGGUCUUCAUCGUCCUCCUCUUCCGAGCCCGCAAACAAAAGAACGAAGUUAAGCGCACUGUGUUUACCAAGCCUCUAUAUGCUACCUCCAACGAAGAGGGCACUUCUUACUCUCCAGUCAGUGACAAGGAGAAGGAAGAUCCUCAAAACGGCACCUACAUCUCUUUGACCCCGAAAGGUGACCCCGAGGCUUGAGGAGGGGUGGGGGAGGGGGGGGGGGCUCCGUUCAACCAUCACAACUUCACACGGGGAUUCGGGUUUUCAGGAGAGGGGUGGGAAAUGAUAAAUACCUCCUUUAUGAAUGGAAAUCUUCGGCGGUGGAGGAAUUGAGGAGGGAAAACUUUUUUUUUUUUUUUCUAAUCUCAAAGUCUAUGUGGUCCAUUUGAGUCACGGGGGACUACCUGACGUCAAGCUCGCAGUACGUUCUGAAUUACGAGAAAAGGUUUGACAUUUGUUUGUGAAACACUGUGCGUGAAGGGCUACUUAUUGUUGUGGAAUAAAUUAUAUUUUAGGGCUUGGGCCUCGCCUCAUUCUCUCAUACUUCCCAGUAGAGAAGUCCAUUAACUGUGAGUUUUUUUUAAAGGUAUGAUACACCACUCUCAGGGGGGCCUCUGCUUUAAUACUACGAACCACUGUUAAAGAAAAAGGAGCAAAGCGAAACAAACGUCAAGCCUUCUCUUUGUGAAGACGUUUCAGUCGAUUCAGUAUUACUUACGUGUCAUUUGCGUUUGAUCCUAAACUAAAUGGCUCGUUGUGGUUUUCUACUGGUGCACUGUGCUUAGAGGAACAUCUGUGGACAUACACGUCAGAGUAUAUUUGUGUACAUACACAGUGCAAGCUGUUUACAUUCCUCUCAGUGUGUGACGGGAAUGAAUUUAAGACAAAACACUGAAUGUUUGAAACUUUUGUAAAAGUCCUAUUGAUCUGUUGUAAAUGUCAAUGUAGAGAUGUUUGAAUGCAAAGUUAGAGCGUCACACGUGUCCCCUAGUGACACCGUUAUUGGCCUUUUAAAGCAAAGUGCCGUAUGACUUUUUCAUACAGUACUGAAUCUGUAUGUUGACAGUAUUCUACCCUGUAUAACUGCUUGUAUUAACUCAUCACCAUAUCAAAAUGUAAUUCAGCGUAUUAUCAUUUAAAGGUGGGCUUAUAUGAGCCCGCGGUAACGUUGUUAGCGCUAAAAUAGAACCGACAUACCUUUUUUUUUGAACAUUUGUGAAGGAUUCCCUUAAAAAAUGAAGGUCAAAUGUGAAGAAUUACUGAAGUUAUUCCUUUAUAGGAAUCAUGUUUCUGCAAUUAUUUCUUUUUUUUCCAUAUUUUGUGAACAUAAUGCCAUGUCACACCAACAAAUCUACUCUCAUGUGCAUCUUUUACUUCUAAAUACCAAACAAAAGUCAACAUUAAACCAUGGCCGUUUAAUAGUUGCUUCUUAGGGUCAAACUUUGUCACUCGAGGCUGGUUAAAUUAUCCGAUUUCAGGUCCAUUUAAUGUAACGCCGUGAAUGCUGCAGAAUGACUUGCUUGUAUCUGUGUUGAGCCCAGCUUGUGUUACUGCUCUUAUUCCUAGUUGCAACAGUUUAAGGAUGAAUGACUUACAUGCACUGUAGUAAUCAGCAAGCAAUAUAUCACACAAUAGUGGGGAAGCUUAAUUUUGAGAUUCCUCAUUUGAUUUGACUAUUUGUAUACUUUAAUGAGUCUAGCACAGAAAACCCAAUGAAAAUUGAAGAAAUUCACGUAGAGUGCACAAUGUAGCUUCAUUUAAAAUGGGUCAAUUAAUGAAUAAAGAUGCAAAAAAAUACAGUAUCAUGCAAUACUGGAAUUGUGGUUAAAGAAUUAUGAUUUUUGUUUUGUUUUGUUGGUAAAACCAAAACACAAACAGCACCAUAUGGAUUGAACACCGGGUUACUUUGUGUCAUACUUUGAUCACAGAUUGUACUUUCUGAAAUCAUUGUUACUGCUAUAGCCAUGUAUUCUUUAGUUGCCCAUAGCUUUGAAACAGACUGUUAAUACCAUUUUUACUGCAUACACAAAAAUAAAAUUAGUUUCAGAAAAUGCGUCUUUACAUCA